CGCAGAUAGAGCGAGGUUAGAAGAGAGGCAGGAAUGGGCAAGGGCCUUUGAUAGUCCCACGACUGGUAGCUGGGAUGGAUGGGACUCUUCAGGGAAGGAUGCCAGCUUUGCAGAUGGCUCUUCUUAGGACCCAAUGUGCUCUUCCCAGUGCUGGGUAAAGCCCGAGUGGAGGCAAACAGGAGAGCCAUAACCCCACAUCAGAUCCCCAGAGCAAGGUUCUUGCUAACUAUGGAUAACAAUUUCACCUCGUGGCUGAGCCAGUCUUCCUGGGAGCGGCGGCAGGCAUGGGCCAAGCCAAGCGGCACAUGGCACAGUAUGACUGUAGAAGAGGAGGUGUCCCAGGCCAAAGAGGAAGUGUCCUAUGCUCCACAGGAAGUGCUUGCGUCUUCAUUCUUGGAAGAUGGUUUCUUGCAAGGGAGCUCAUCCAAUAAGAUUGAGACCUGGCUGGAAGAAUGCAGCAUAUCAGGGGAGCCCUUUUCAGAGAGUAUCUCUAUUCCUGCUGCCUCUGGAUCCUGCAGCAACACAACCAGCUUUGAAGAUGACCUUAGCCUGGGAGCAGAAGCGAUGAUGCUAUUGGGCAAAGACAGAGCCGAGCCCAGGUCCCAAAAACGUACAUGUUGGCCUUCCCAACAUCUUAAUCUGGAUCACAGCAUGACUUCCAGUGCCAUCUCUGUCAGCACUAACAAGACUAGCUCCAGUAUCUCCGAAGUGCUGGACCUCUGUGAAGUUGAUGCUGAGACCAUCUUGUCCAAUCUGGGCUUCAUUCAAGAGGAGACACGGGCUGCAUCUUGGAUCCCACCUCGGUUCUUCUCUGUUCCAUCCCAGGCAGAGGGCAUUGAUUUCCAGCUUUUCCUGAGAGCCCAGGUGCAACGGCUAGAGAUGGAGGAUCCUUGCGUGAUGUUAGCAAGCCGGUUCAAGCAAGUCAAGACUCUGGCUGUAACAGCUGAUGCUUUCUUCUGCCUCUACUCAUAUGUGUCUAAGACCCCCAUCCAGAAGAUUUCCCCUGCCCACUUGUUCUGGGACUUCUCAGAAAUCUCGGAUUCCUGUAAUGUUCCUUCCAAACAAGAGACUCUAUCUCCUCUUAAGCGUCUGCAAAGAGCCAUUUCUAUGAUGUGCUUGUACACCUCACCCCAAGAAGGAGGGCCUCCGGGACCUUCCAGUAUGCAAUCUCCCCUGAGCCGCCUGGAACAGAUAGUAUGGGAAGUGAUGGAAAAGACCCGCAAAGACAGAUUCCACUUUGAUGUGGAGGGCAUGAAAGAUGAGGCUCACAUGGUGCUUUCUGAAGCUUCCCUCUGCCACAGUGGAAUGGGAAGUGACUCUUCGGAGUCUACUGUGGUGGAGGGGACUCCUGUGAUUUCUUCCUGCUUCUGCCCUGAAGAUUCAUCUCAUUCUGGGGAAAAGACAGGGCUUACCCUGCUGGGCUUGAGACCGUGGUUUUCUCACUGCACUGGUGGGGCAAGCCUGGAGGGGCCAGAUCAUCUCGGCCAUCGAGAAUUAUACAAUUACAGACUUCAUUCUCCUGAAGUGGUUUCAUCUGCAGAGGAAGGCAGUGAAGAAUCAAGUGGGGAGUGGUCAAUAGAAAAGGACUCGACCCCCAGACAGGAGGACUGUAUGGGCUCCUCAACAGAGGUGGCAUAAUGCAGUGGCUAAAACUGUGAACAAUGAGCUAGCAAGUCAGCAGGUCUAAUGCCACCUUGACUGUGAACUCAGUGCAGAGCUUGGAAAAGUUACUUUUUUGAACUACAACUCCCAUCAGCCCAAUCCAGUGGCCAUG